GUUGUUAUAUUCUCAACUAUCUCAUAAGAUUAAGAGCAUUAGCUGGGAGGGAGCAUUACAACAAAUAUGGACGCAAAGGAAGACGAUGCGAUGUUGAGAGGUCAAGUGGCUAUAUGGCAUUGCAUGUUUGGAUUCGCAGACACGAUGGCACUGACAUGCGCUGUGGAACUCGGCAUAGCCAACAUCAUACGCUCCCAUGGCCAACCAGUUACGUUGCACCAAAUCGGCGCUUCCAUUGAUGGUACCUCGUCCCCAGACAUUCCCUCCCUCGAACGCAUCAUGAGGCUGCUCGUCCGCCGGGAAAUCUUUGCUGCCCAUCAACCAUCCAAUGGUGGAGACACACUCUACGGGCUGACAUACUCAUCGAGGUGGCUAGUAACGGAAUCAGGGUCAGAGUCGAACCUUGCGCCCUUGGUUAUCAUGCAAAACCACCCGCUCCUAUUGGCUCCGUGGCAUUACCUUAGUCAAUAUGUUAAAGAAGGAAGGUCGUCGACGCCGUUUAAGAAGGCGCACGGCAUGGAGAUCUGGGAGAUGGCAUCGAAGGACCCUAUGUUCAACAAGUUAUUUAACGAUGCGAUGGCAUGUAACAGCAAGAACGGUAUGCAAGCAAUCAUGGCCGGUUACAAAGACAGGUUCGGGCUAAUUGGAUCGCUUGUGGAUGUUGGCGGUGGGAUUGGCGUGGUGAUAGCCACGAUUGUGAAGGCCAACCCCCACAUUCAAGGGAUCAACUUUGACCUGCCGCACGUCGUGGCCACUGCUCCAGCAUACCCGGGAGUCGAGCAUGUUGGGGGCAGCAUGUUUGAGUCCGUUCCCACUGCCGAUGCUAUCAUCCUGAAGCAUGUGUUGCACGACUGGGGAGAUGAAGAGUGCGUGAAGAUCCUAAAGAACUGUAAGAAGGCAAUACCCGAGAAAUAGGGGAAGCUUAUCAUAGUUGAAGUGGUUCUGCAGCCGGAAGGAAAAGGACCCUUAGACGAUAUAGCCGCCGUAUUCGACUUGAUGAUGUUCCAAUUGGGCGGGAAGGAGAGGACCGAGGUGGAGUGGAAGAACCUCUUGGUGGACGGGGGCUUCCCUCGUUACAAUAUCAUCAAGAUUCCCACUCUUCUCUCCAUAAUUGAAGCCUGCCCUAAAUAAUCCCGCUCUGUUUAAUUGGUUCAUUCCACAUGUCAUGUGUUUAGUAAUAAAUAUGGGCACGUCUCUAAUAAUAAGGUUGUUCCGCAUUAAGACAUGGAAAAAAACAGUUCUUCUGCAUUAGUGGAAUGAACUCGUGUGUUGUGAUAUAUAGUUUUAUGAUGA